CGCCGGUAACGGUGUAGCCGAUCAUACGCUGCAUCUGGUUAAAACACCUCCAGCUGGUCGACCUUAAAAGCCGAGUCCGCCGCCGGCGGCCGAGCUCCGGCUAGCGCCUCAACUUGUUGGGAUCAUUACAGUUAGCCUGGCAGGUUAGCGCGAGUUAGCAUGCUAGGCUAAUGUUAGCAUCAAGAAUAAGGCUCAGGCUUUUGAAUAAAUAAACGAUUAGCGAAGAUAGAAUACGCGCUGCCCUCUCGCGUGAUAUGUUCGCGUUUUAAUUGACUUUAACUGUGAGCUGUUAGCUUCAUACAGAUAUUCGUGUUGUCUUUUUGUUUGAAGUCGGUAUUUUAUAACGUUGGCUGCAUCCCAGUUAGCCGGCUACUUAACCUUAGCUCUGCAUCAUACCUGAACCGGUUACACCAACCUUAUUGCACGUCUUGUUGCCCGGUGAGCCGGAAUCUCUUCGUGCGCUCCUUUUGUGCUUCCAGCCGCUUCGGAUCAUGCAUCACAAGGACAAACCGGUCAAAGCGCGCUAACCUGCUGCUAAAACUUUGCUGGCAGAAACUGUUUGCUGUUUCAGACCUCGACUUGAUGCAUGGCAACCCUGAAGCUCUGGUGAUGGUUAAUCUAUGAGACACCAUCAUGCCCUGGGAGGGGACCAUGGUGAUAUGAAGCCAGUGUAAAACAUUGACACACACAGACUCAAACACUGACGGUCAGUUACUGACUGACGCAGCCAGGCAGGCAGGUGUGUGUAAUGGACAGGUGUAAGCAUGUGGGGCGGCUGCGGCUGGCCCCAGACCACUCCAUCCUCAACCCCCAGAAGUGGCACUGUGUCGAUUGCAACACCACGGAGUCCAUCUGGGCCUGUCUCGGCUGCGCUCAUGUGGCAUGCGGGCGCUACAUCGAGGAACAUGCUCUCCAGCACUUCCAGCAGCAGCGCCACCCGCUGGCUAUGGAGGUUAACGAACUCUAUGUGUUUUGUUACUUAUGUGAUGACUAUGUUCUGAACGAUAACGCCACUGGAGACCUCAAACUGCUACGAAGUACACUCAGCGCCAUCCAGAGCCAGUGCUAUGAGGUCACCACCCGCAGUGGGCGCACGCUCCGCUCAGCCAGCGCUGCCCCUGAUGCUCUCAUGCCAUCCGGGGCCCGCGAGCUGCAGCUGCGGGACGAAGACAGGAUGUUUACUGCUCUUUGGCACCGCCGCAGGUCGCUUAUGGGACGCGUCUUUCGCUUCUGGUUUGGACUCACCGAAUGUGGGAAGAAGACGGCAGAAGUAGAGAGGAAGAGGGAGGAGGAGGAGGAACAGAGGAAGGAGGCGAAGGAAAGGAGGCGAGCUCUGAAAAGGCAGCUGCAGGAGGAGCUGGACAACGCUCCUAUCAGAAAAAGUCGCCGCUUACGUCGGAAGAGCCGGAGAGUUGCAGAUGCAGCAGUCACAACACCACGGCGAAGUACGCGUGGCAAGAAAAAGACAGUUCCCCCGACUGCCACCCGCAGAACACGGACUCAGCGCCCGGCCACUCCCACUCCCACCCCCAAGAAAGCUGCACGAUCGAAAAGGUUCCAGCCGCCCUCUAAGCCCCGGGGCCGUUUGUCUGUGUCUGAAUCGAGGCUCAAAAAGCGCCCAGCGUCCCCUUGCCCCGUCCAAACUGCUGUGUGUCGCAAGCAGACUGCCAAACAAGGUGGCUCGCCUUUGAAACGGCGACCCACUGUCACUCCUGGAGUGACCGGACUGAGGAAUUUAGGCAACACCUGUUACAUGAACUCCAUUCUGCAGGUGCUGAGCCACCUGCAUGUUUUCAGGGAGUGUUUUCUGCGCCUGGAUCUGACCCAGGCACUGGAGCUGCUGGCAUCUGCUGUCCACGGCCAGCUGGCAGGGAAGGCCUCGUCUGACCCUCCCCUGUCUCAGAGGAAGGGCCUUCAGGCCAGCUCUGGCUCUGGGACAGGGCUAAGUGGCGGGGCCUCGCGUGCCUGCAGCAUGGAGCUCAUACAACCCAAAGAGCCCAGCUCCAAGCACAUCUCCCUCUGCCACGAGCUGCACACCUUGUUCCAGGUUAUGUGGUCUGGCAAGUGGGCGCUGGUGUCGCCUUUUGCAAUGCUCCACUCGGUGUGGCAGCUGAUCCCGGCAUUCAGGGGCUACGCCCAGCAGGAUGCCCAGGAGUUCCUGUGUGAACUGCUGGACAAGGUGCAGCACGAGCUGGAGAGCACCGGCAAGCACACGACGACUGCUGGAGUCCCACAGACACAGAAACGACUGAUCAAGCAGGUGCUCAGUGUGGUCAACACCAUCUUUCACGGCCAGCUGCUCAGUCAGGUGACGUGCCUGGCGUGCGACCACCGCUCCAACACCGUGGAGCCGUUCUGGGAUCUGUCUCUGGAGUUCCCUGAGCGCUACCACAGUAACAGCAGGGAGUCAGCUGCACAGGCUUCGUGCCACUUGACAGAAAUGCUGGCCAAGUUUACAGAGACCGAAGCACUGGAGGGAAACAUCUACGCCUGUGACCAGUGUAAUCCUGCCCGGCGUCGGACCACCUCCAAACCGGUCACCCUCACAGAAGCACAAAAACAGCUGAAGGUCCACAAACUGCCUCAAGUCCUUCGCCUUCACCUUAAGCGCUUUAGGUGGUCCGGGCGGCACCACAGAGAGAAGAUCGGAGUCCACGUCAGCUUCGACCAGCUUCUCAACAUGGAGUCCUACUGCUGCCGGGAUCCCUCGCCCAAAGCUGAGCCCAGCAGCCCGAGCUCUCCAGGCUCACCGCGGCCCAAGCACUUCCUCUACGAACUCUCCGCUGUGGUAAUGCAUCAUGGGAAAGGCUUCGGCUCCGGCCACUACACUGCUUAUUGCUACAACACAGAAGGAGGCUUCUGGGUUCACUGUAAUGACUCUAAGCUGAAUGUGUGUUCAGUGGAGGAGGUCUGCCGCGCUCAGGCCUACAUCCUCUUCUACACACAACGAGUAACUCAGGACAAAGACCGGCCGCUAUAGGACCACACGCUCAUGAACUCCUGCCCCUCCUGUUCUGCUGCAGCCUGACCACUCGGUGAGAAGAGAUCAGGCAACCUGUCGCUCUUUCUCACCCCUCUUUUUAUUGGGGCAUUGAUGUCUUGGUGUGAGUGUUUUUAGUCUAUUUUUCUAAAGAAGAAGAGAGCAAGGACUCCUUUUUAAACCCUGGUUCUACUUUGUGGACUGCUUGUACUGUACAUGGUGUUCAUAUGUAGGUAUUUUUAAAAUAUGGUGGCAUUUGUGAUUUGUGUACUUUUUUGUAUUUUUUAUUCUAAAGAAGAGCGUAUCAGCCAAGACGAGUCUCGGUAGCAGCCAAAACACCCAGGCUGGGCAUGACCGUGCCUGCGCCGUGUUCUCCACACGUGGUACAGGUGCGUGCACGGGGUGUCCGCCUGGGUCUGCUGGCUUGUUGAUUGUAAGUGCUGUUUGUUGAAAUCAGCUGUUUCUCAGUCACUUUAGAUAGUCGACACAGAACUGGAUGUAAGGUUGUAAAAUGUCCCUUCACUCAUUAGAAAUGGCCUCUCUUAGAGAGAGACAGGCAAACGGUUUGGCAGAUGUCAACAACGCGACUGUUUUCAACUGAUCUCCUGCCAGAAAUGCACUAAUUUCUACAUUAGGUAGUCAACAGUGUUUUGACUCUGUUCGUAGGUUAAGAUUCGUACAAGAGCGGAGCAAAAAGUGUUCCACUCUGAAGUGCCCUGGGUCUGUCAGGAAAACUGAAAGACUUCAAGCCAAAGUUUUGGGGGAUAUGUUUUGAACCUGCUAAAAUUUCCAAAAGUCUUUUUCCUCUCUCUUACGACAGACUUAGAGGGAAAACGUUUCCAAAGAGAUACCUUUGGCUAAAUGCUGCCACCUCUCUGCUCCAGAAUGUAAUGAUCUUCAGAGUAUGAACCAACCUGGACCCCAACUGAGAGAAAAGUGCCCUUUGAUAAUAUAUUUUUAUAGUUCAUAUCAGUGCAUUGCUGUAGUCCCACACAAACCAGCAUUUAGAUUCUGAAUGUAUUCUUAAAAGGCCAUUGACUGUUUUCUAUGUCCAGCCUUUGAUUGUUCAACACUGCCAGCAGUUCUGCCUUCACUGAUCACCAGUAAGUAUGUGUGAGUGUUCAUUUACCAUGGGCAGUAAAUUUCGAAAAGCUUUUACUUGACAGACAGUGAAAUCUCCAUACUGGAGAAAGUUGUAUUGUGAUCUCCUGAAUCACGAUGUCUUGAUUCAUCCAUCAGAGGAAUUCAAAGCAUGCUUUGUGACACAUUGUUAGUUUUUGGAUUACUACUUCAUGGAUGUGUGUAAAGUUAUGGAAGUUAUACUAUGCAAAUUUUUACCUCAACGUUUAAAAAAAAAUACCUCAAUAAAUGAGAACUUUUUUUCAUUUUUUU